UAGCCUCCGUGCUAAGCUAUCCAUACUAGCUACCUGCGCGCUGCACUGGCUAGCAUAACGUUACCGUCGUCAGCUGUCUUGCAAAAUCAAGGACAGAUGACACUUUCACUCAAAAUUCCCAAAGAAAUCACUAUCCACGUAUACGUUCAGUAACGUUACAUGAGCUAACUAAUCUAGCAAUAUAAGGAUGGAUUCAAAGAGAGACAUGAAAGAGCAAGAAACAGAGAGAAUCCCCAAGGUGACGGCAGUGCUACUGAAGUCGCGGACCGGAGAGUUUGAUCUGGAAUCUAUUCUGUUCCUGAAGCUCAGAGGCCUCGGGAUCUAUGAUCUAGGCUGUAUUGGUGAGUGUAUAAAUCUGGAGAGGCUGGAUCUGUCUUGUAACAACAUCACCAACCUGGCCCCACUGUCUUCGCUGAGACUGCUACUGGUCCUUAAUGUGUCAGCCAACCGGAUCACCAAUCUAGAAGCCAUAUCCAGCUGUGACAGUCUACAAAGUCUGAAUGUGGCUGGAAACCUCAUUUCCAGUAUUGACAGCAUCCACUGCCUUCGGUCACUGAGGAAGCUGGAGAACAUUCGCCUGAAAGACAACACUUACAACUACACCAACCCCGUCUGUAAGAACUCAACCUACAGAAACAUUAUCCUGGAAAUGUUCCCUAACAUCAGAGUGUUGGAUGGUGAAAGAGUGGUUGGGCGUGGCAGUGACCUGUAUCAAUUAUGCAAAGACAUUGAUGAAACAAUCAAAGCUGGUUUCUAUAGGAAUGGCCAGGUUCCUGAGAGGCCUGACUGUAAGCCCUGGGUGGACAAUAACUUCUGGGAGAUCAAGAGGUCCAACAACGCCAUUAUAGACGAGGCCUACAAACAGUUCAAUGAUGUACUCCAUGAAUGCAGACUGCUGAAUAACAGAGCUGCGCAUGUCAUCUCCCAGACAGAGAGAUCUCUGAGCCUCAAAAACCAACCAAAGCAGUAUGCCGUUUAAAACGUUUAAAAUAGAACUAAAUUAGUCUGCUCUUUUAAAUGGCAAUAUGUCAGUCUGCUCUUUAAAAUAACACCAAAGCAGUUUUCUGUUUAAGUUCCUGUUUAAAAUAGCAUUGAGGCAGUGUGCUGUAAAAUGGCACUAAGGUAGUUUGCUGUUUAAAAAGGCAUCCAACAGGCAACAUUGAUUGUGAAGUGUGCUUGUGCUAUGCUGUGUUCAGUAUGUGUCAUGGCUUCGUGUCUAGCUAGGUUUGUAUUGAAUUAAGUUGUUUUAUAUUCGAAUGCUUGACCCAGCAACAGUGCCAGAACCCUCAUAUGCUCAGUGUUGCCGACAGACAAUUCUGCAUAGUGAGACUGUAUAACUAAUUUAUCCCGGGUUACCCUAACUUGUCCCCGGUUACCCUAACUUAUCCCCGGUUACAUGAAAUUAUCCCUGGUUAACCAAACGUAUCCCCGGUUACCCUAACUUGUCCCUGGUUACCCUAACUUAUCCCCGGUUACAUGAAAUUAUCCCUGGUUAACCAAACGUAUCCCGGGUUACCCUAACUUGUCCCCGGUUACCCUAACUUAUCCCCGGUUACAUGAAAUUAUCCCUGGUUAACCAAACGUUUCCCGGGUUACCCUAACUUGUCCCCGGUUACCCUAACUUAUCCCCGGUUACAUGAAAUUAUCCCGGGUUACCCUAACUUGUCCCCGGUUACCCUAACUUAUCCCUGGUUACAUGAAAUUAUCCCAGGUUACCCUAACUUGUCCCCGGUUACCCUAACUUAUCCCUGGUUACAUGAAAUUAUCCCAGGUUACCCUAACUUGUCCCCGGUUACCCUAACUUAUCCCUGGUUACAUGAAAUUAUCCCUGGUUACCCUAACUUGUCCCCGGUUACCCUAACGUGUCCCCGGUUACCCUAACGUAUCCCCGGUUACCCAAACGUAUCCCUGGUUACCCUAACUAAUACCCAGUUCUCCUAACUUAUCCCGGUUACCCCAACUUUUUCCCACUUACUGAGAUUUCCACCAGAUGUAUCUACUCAGAGCCAUUUAUGUCCUGAGUCGUCCUGUCUCCUUACAUGUCCUAACUCCCCCUGGUCAUCCUGUCUCCUUACAUGUCCUAACUCCCCUGGUCAUCCUGUCUCCUUACAUGUCCUAACUCCCCCUGGUCAUCCUGUGUUCUUACGUGUCCUAACUCCCCCUGGUCAUCCUGUCUCCUUACAUGUCCUAACUCCCCCUGGUCAUCCUGUGUUCUUACGUGUCCUAACUCCCCCUGGUCAUCCUGUCUCCUUACAUGUCCUAACUCCCCCUGGUCAUCCUGUGUUCUUACGUGUCCUAUCUCCCCCUGGUCAUCCUGUCUCCUUACAUGUCCUAACUCCUCCUGGUCAUUAUGUGUACUUACAUGUCCUAACUCCCCCUGGUUAUCCUGUCUCGUUACGUGUCCUAACUCCCCCUGGUCAUUCUAAAAUCUUGUAACUCCUGUGUAGCCAAACUAAAUCGUCAAAUGUAUUGGUGUGUACAGCUUAUAUAGAAAACAAGUGUCUGUGUAGCCUACAUAGUGAUGACUACUGUCUGUGUGGCCUACAUAGUGAUGACUACUGCCUGUGUAGCCUACAUAGUGAUGACUUAUGUCUGUGUAGCCUACAUAGUUUUGACUACUGUCUGUGUAGCCUACAUAGUGAUAACUACUGUCUGUGUAGCCUACAUACUGAUAACUGCUGUCGGUGUAGCCUACAUAGUGUUAACUACCCAGGGUUGUGGGUUCAAUUCGUAAGGGGGUCUAAGAUUAAAAAAAAUAUGUACUCACUACUUUGUCACUCUGGAUCGGUAAAAAAAUAACAACAAUUAUGCGUACAGCCUAGAUCCAAAUCAAUACUGUCAGAUCAAACAAGGUACUUCCUGGCAUGUGGACUCACUGUGCUGGAUGUUGGCCAUACUGAGCUAUGCUGCUAUUACAAUAGAACUUGUUAACUUAGUAGUCUAGCAUUUUUACAUUUUUUUAAAUCAAUCAACAUUGUCAAAUAUUUUCCACAUUGCACUGCUUCUUAUUACUGUAAUUUAUAGAAACAAUUUUGGACCCUUGUUUUCUUAAAUUGGGAUUAAAUAUGCAACUUGAUUUUGUUGUUUCUACAUCUUUAGAUACAAUUGCAGUAAAUAGAAAAUUCUAGCUAUAUCUGCCAUUAA